GGAAGAGGAGAACUCGAUGCACAACACGGUGGUGAUGUUCUCUACCUCCGACCACUUCACUCUCAGACAGGACAUGUGUGUGGUGUGUGGUAGUUUUGGUCAGGGUGCUGAAGGCCGACUGUUGUCCUGCUCUCAGUGUGGACAGUGUUAUCAUCCCUACUGUGUCAACGUCAAGGUUACGCGGGUGGUCCUGACCAAAGGGUGGCGCUGUCUGGAGUGUACGGUGUGUGAGGCCUGUGGCGAGGCCAGCGACCCUGCACGACUGUUGUUAUGUGACGACUGUGACAUCAGCUAUCACACCUACUGUCUAGACCCGCCCCUCCACACGGUACCUAAAGGAGCCUGGAAAUGCAAGUGGUGUGUGUGGUGUGUUCAGUGUGGCUCUGCCUCCCCUGGGCUGCACUGCGAUUGGCAGAGUAACUACAGUCGCUGUGGACCAUGUUCCAGUCUGAGCCGCUGUCCGCUCUGUCAGAGACACUACACACAGGAUGACCUCAUACUGCAGUGUCAGCAGUGUGACAGGUGGGUCCAUGCUGUGUGUCAGGGUCUGACCACUGAGGAUGAGGUGGAGGUCGCUGCUGAUGAAGGUUUCGACUGUUCGCUGUGCAGGUCACAUGGUCGCAGCUCGUACGGGUGCUCAGACAGUUUUGAUUCUCCCUUCAUGGCUCAGAUUGUCUCCAGGAUGAGAGAACCAGAAACAAAGACCUACACUCAGGACGGAGUUUGUCUCACAGAGUCGGGUCUGUCUCACCUCCAGUCUCUGGUUGAACCUCUGACGUCACCGCGCCGGUAUCGCAGGUGUAAACCCAAACUGAAGCUGAGGAUCAUCAACCAGAACAGUGUCUCUGUCCUCCAGACCCCACUAGACCCCGACCACCCUACUGAGCUUGAUCACAGAGGUGACUUGGAGUGUGAAAUGAAAUCUGACUCCAGCCCCGAGCGAGACCAUGCCCGUGACAAUGACGUCACCAAGGAGCCUGAAGUUAUCGACGGCAACAAGAAGAGGAAGAGGAAACCGUACAGGCCUGGUAUCGGGGGGUUCAUGGUGCGUCAGCGUGGAGGGAAGGCCGGUCCCAGCAGAAUCAAACUGUGCAGAAAAGAUUCAACAGAGACAAGGUUGAGCCGAGACGAAGGCCUGUUGGAUGCUGAUGUUGUCAUGGAGAUGGCAUCUGCUGCUGACCAGGCAAUGGAGAAGGCGAAGAAGAGGUACAGGAAGAAGAAGACGAAGCUGGAGGAGGCUUUUCCAUCGUAUCUCCAGGAAGCGUUCUUUGGUCGGGAUCUUCUGGACCGGAGCCGGCAGGUGGACAGGAGGGCGGGGCCAGAGACAGCAGGCAGCCAGUUGGGAGCAGCAGUGGGUAAAAUUAAAAGCCCUGCCCCUGGUAUACAUGGCCCCUCCCCCACCACAGUUUUAGCUGGUGCCAUGGCAACCAACAAUAAACAAGGAACACUGU